AUGGACGGCCUCGAAGACCCGCCUGCAAGACUCUUUGAAAGGUUACAGCAGAUUCCGGGAUACACAUGGGAUGAGGCGAGGAUAUUCCAUACUCCCUACGACAACUGGCAAAUAUAUGGUCGGAAGAAUCCGAAACGAUCCUCUGCGCCGAAUAGAAAGGCACCUUCGGAACGAAACGCACUCGGCGAACCUCAUCUCGAUGUCGGAAAUCAAACCGGAGUACAAAGUGAUAGUGGCAGUGAAGUUGGUUCUGCAGGUAACGAUGAGCAGGAUUCUGGAGAAUUGGACGUUGUUGCGCGCAUCUCCUUACAUGCGCUCAGGGAGGAACGAACGUAUUAUAUCUGCAAGAAGUUGAUUAAAUCGGUAGACCCGCAUGGCGAACACAUUGUUAAGCCCGUGGAUAUGCUGAAACUCCAAAGCCACCCUGGAGAUGUAGGGACAAUCAUGGUAACGAUAUGGAUUCGACCGGGGCCGAAUUACCUACAUAAUGUUAUUGAUUAUGGGCCAGCUUUUUAUAAGGGGCGUAAUGUUGGGGGAGAUGUUGAACCAUAUUACGAAGAUCCGACUCCUCUCAUACCGAUUCCGCUCCAAACGUUUAUGGAUUUCGCAGUGGGAGCUACUGAGUGUCUCGAGAUACUCCAUCAUAAGGAACGCAUUGUCCACGGCGAGAUUCGUGGGGAAGCUUUCCAUCUUUGCGAGGACACUGGAAAAAUCCGACUUAUGAAUUUUGGUUCAGGCUUGCGAACCUUUGAGCAUGGUCUCACGAGCACUGGAUGGAGCGCGCUGUCGAAAGAGAAUGGCGCCAAAAGAAAGCUUUCUUUUAUGAGUCCUGAGCAAACAGGGCGCAUGCCAGCGGAACCAGAUAGUCGAACGGAUAUAUAUGCACUCGGGGUUGUCUUCUGGAAUAUGCUAACUCAGCAGCCUCCCUUUGAAGGAGAGACACCAAUGGAUAUUAUCCAAGGAGUUUUAGGACGAAGAUUGCCUUUAGUGUCGAGCUUGAGACUUGAUGUGCCGGAAGUCGUCGGGAGAAUCAUUCAGAAAAUGACAGCGAAGAUAAUUGGAGAACGCUAUCACUCAGCAAGUGGCUUAAAGCAUGAUCUCACAGAAGUCAGGAACCUUCUAGGCGCCGGUGAUUCUGACGCGCUCGAAAGCUUCCAAAUCGCAACUAAGGAUAUCUCCUCCUUUUUUAUACUACCAACGGCUAUGAUAGGGAGGACGCAAGAGUACGAGGAAGUUGUCAAAGUAAUCGAUAAAGUCUCGAAAAAGCACUUGGAUGGACAGAAGCAGGAUGUCCAGAGCAUAUCCUCGGGAUCUAGUGAAGGGUUUGAGAUAGCAAUCGCUGAGGCUUCUAGCUUAAGCGAAGAUGCUGUGAGUUCUGCCGAGUAUGAUAGACCAUCGAUUUCACUCGGAAGAUCGAACUCACUGAGCGGGGAGGUUAGGUCAAGCAAGAGUGGUUCGAGUUUAAGACCAUCUGCUGGCGGAUCACAUUCAAAUUCAAAUUCAAUCGACGAACGGGAGCAUUACAUUAGGCCUUGGGAAAAGAACAGUUCUUUGUCCUUGGAUACAAAAAGUUUCACAGAUAGCAUGAGCCAUGAAGCUGGAGGUUCGAGAAGCUCAGACAGUGUGGGAAGCCUCAGCAAUCAGCGGAACAAACAGAAAUUCCGUCGCAAAGGAAGAUGUGAAGUUGUUAGUAUAUCUGGGGCUACCGGUCUCGGUAAAAGCUGUCUCAUACAGAGCAUACAAGUCGAAGCUCGUCGGCGAGGUUAUUUUGCCAGUUCUAAAUUUGACAUAGCGAAGAAGACUCCCUUUGGGCCCGUUCUAAGACUGCUGUCUAGUCUGUUCAAGCAAGUUUUUUCCGAAAGCAAUACUGACACCCCUUUCCACCAAGCACUCAAACACUAUUGCCGACCCGCAUGGCCUCUGCUCCACAAAGCCCUUGGACUUCCGGAAUUUUUACUUGGUCCCGCUCCAACCAAAAAACCAGGCCACUCGGGGCAACCCUCACAGAGUUACAACAAGAGCCUAAGGUCAGAAUUCAAGCGUCGAGACUCAUCCCCAUCCAGUUCCCGAAGCGUCUACAGCAUUACAUUAGGUUCACGGGCGUCCCAGGAUUUUCUACGUGCCGGAACUUCUACGAAGUCUCUCAGGCUUAUGAACACCGCCUUGGACGUGCUCAGAUUCUUCACCCAGCACAAAUUCAUAUGCUUCUGUCUAGACGACCUACAGUUUGCCGACGACGAGUCCCUAGAGCUGAUCGCCCAGGUCGUUUCGGCCCGAAUGAAAAUGGUAUUACUCAUCACGUAUAGACCUGACGAGUUGCUUCCAGAAAAGAUCAGGGCAAUAUUGGAGCCGCCAGACUCUGAGGGUAUCAGUUUGACCCCCCAAAACGUACCAUAUGAUGACAAACCAGCUAACACUCCAGUAGAAUAUGUUAAAGCCGGAGGCGUGGGUAUUACUAGGAUCGUGCUGAAUCCCCUUACCGAAAACGAUAUCAUCACGUUCGUAGCUGCUACGCUCUUAAGGCCCAAAGAAGACGUCAUCGCUUUGGCGGCUGUAAUACAGUCCAAGACUGCUGGCAAUCCAUUCUAUAUGAGGGAGAUGCUUACCACCUGUCAUGAUAAAUCUUGCAUUUGGUACGACUAUAAGCAGAGUAUCUGGCGGUUCAGCCUGGAUAGGAUAUUUACUCAGUUCAAGACAGACAAUUACCAUGACACGUUAAACAGCCAGUUUAUAACUGGCCGUCUAAACGAGCUCCCCCCAGCAUCCCGGUCAAUUCUUGCGUGGGCGUCUGUUUUAGGGACCUCUUUCUCGUUCGAAAUGAUCCAGCGUCUUAUGAGUGGCGAAUUCAGUCUCGAUGAUAAUGAGACGCAGACGCCCGAAGAGUUUAGGCCUUAUUCUCUGUGCCAUUCGCAACAAGACGCCGUGGAAGGCUUGCAAGCAGCCAUUCAAGCGUAUAUAAUCGUUGCAACUCAGCAGGAUGACAGAUUCCGUUUCGCCCACGAUCGCUACAGUCAAGCUGCACAGAGCCUAGGGGAAUGUAAUGCACCGAAAAUGCACUUUAUAAUUGCACAAACUCUUCUCAAAUACUACUCAAACGUGGAGAGAUACAGGGAUGACACCGCUCUACACAUCACCAAAUGUACGGAGAUGAUUAGCCAGCGGAUACUUCAACGACAGCCCUACAGGAAGUUACUCUUCGAGUGUGCCCAAGGAGCAGCGGAGAGUGGCGCGCGAUCCUCUGCGGCAGAGUACUAUGCCAGCUGCUUCUCGCUUCUGCAACCGGAUCCGUGGACGGACGGAAAACCCGAUGUUCACUAUGAAGAGACCCUCCAACUGCAUACUAGAGCGGCAGAGUGCUUUCUCUUCUUAGGUCAAUAUGCUGAGGCUAAACGCAUACUAGCCGUGGUGUUUUCUAGUGCCAAAAGUGCCGUCGACAAGGCUCCUGCAUAUGUUUUGAAGUCUAGGAUUUUGGCUUAUGAGGGCGAUUCUCCUGCCGCAUUCCAAGCCCUAAAGAGCUGCCUCACUGCGCUCGGCAUCCGUGUGGAUGAUGAGCCCAGCUUUGAAAAAUGUGACAAAGAGUUCGAGCGGCUUUCCUUCAAAGUACAAUCACUCGACCCGGAAGCUCUUCUUUCGCAGCCAUUGAUAAUGGACACCAACCUUGCUGCUGUUGGAGCCGUGCUAGUCGAAACUAUCAGUGCCGCUUUUUGGAGUGAUGCAUUAUUAUUUUACUACAUGUCAUUGAUCAUGGUGGAAACGCAACUCACAUGCGGACUGUUUCCGCAAUCUGGAAUGGGGUUUUUACAUCUAGCAACCAUUGCUAUCAGCCGAUUCAACAUGAUUAAAUUUGCCACAGAAGUUGGCAGAUUCUCCUUAGAAAUGAUGGAAAGGUGUCGGGAUCCUUAUACCAUGGGACGUGGUGGUACCAUAUAUUCGCUUUUCGUUGGGCAUGUUCAUGUCAGUCUUCAAACCUCACUAGAUCAACUUGAAGGUGCUCUUGAAUACGCAUUACAAGCUGGUGAUAGAACAUCGACAAUACUGAAUUUUGGGAUUAUGUCGAACCUCAAGUUCUUUGCUUCGGAAAACCUCGCAGAUUUAGAAAACUUCGUCAACUACGGCUGUGAGGAAGUCUCUAACUGGGCGGAUGAUACUCGGGGCGGCACCAUGGCAAUAUCUAUGCGGCAAGUUUGUCGUGCGUUACAGGGUAAGACAAGAGUGCAUGAUGCGGAAAAUGUCAUGACCGACGAUCAGCAUGAUGCCACAUUUUACAAGUCUUGGUUGAAAACCAAUGUCAGGGCCAGCGAUCGGCCAUUGUUCAUCUAUGAAGCCUGGGAAAUAGUGCCGCUAUUCCUCUAUGGUCAUUACGCCAGGGCCAUUGAGAUUGGAGGUCAGGCACUUGAGAAAAGUGAUGGGAUGUGGUCCGCGAGAAACAUCCGACUCACGAUGCUAUUCCAAGGUCUUUCUCUUUGCAGCUUAAUGUGGAGCAAGCUGCAGAACCCGCUUCGAGGUGUGACUGAAACGACGUCAAAAGUAGUGAAUGGUCCGUACAUCGACCAUGGACCAUCCGAGAAUGAGCUCCGCACUCAGACCACAGAGGUUAUCAAACAAGUCAAGUACUUUAAGAGAAAGAUAAAGGAUUGGCAAACGGUUAAUAAUGUGAAUUAUUAUGCAUGGUCACGCCUACUCGCCGCCCAGGUUGCUGAGUUAGAAGGCGAACACGGUAAGGCGCUCACUAACUACGAGGAAAUGUUAGAUCAUGCGUCGGCCAAUGGAUUUUUGUUUGAAGAAGCACUCGGAAAUCAUCUUUAUGCGGGUUUCUUUCUCCGCUGUGGCUCACGUCGAGCUGCUAAAAAUUCACUAAAAGAAGCUGUCCAGCUCUAUCGUCAGAUGGGUGCGUCCGGAGUAGCUUCUGCGAUAGAGGAUGAGCACCAGUUGCUACUUCAGGGCGCUACCAGAAAUAUGCGAGCGAUCGAUGCCAGUUGUCAGACCGAUUUCGCGGGGGAUUCGGCUCCAGUGCAAUAUCGAACACUCGAGGGCGAUGAAGACGAUGAACGACAACAGACACGUGCCCCAAUCACUCAAAGUAAAGGCGACAGAAUCGGAGCAUGGCAGGUAGAUGCUCGCGGUCACGGCGGAGGCGGUGUUGGACUACCCGCCUUGGAUAUGCUCGACCUUACAUCAAUUCUUGAAAGCUCACAAGUAAUCUCUAGCGUUCUCCAAGUAGAUCAGCUGCUAAAAACCAUGUGCGAAAUAAUUCUACAGAAUUGUGGCGGUUUGGCAUCGUCUGCGGCCAUUGUUGUCGAGGAGGAUGAUCCAACACCUGGGUGGAGCAUAGCAGCAAGUGGGAACAAUGAUAAAGGGGCAACUGCCCACAUUCCCGGCAUUCCUUUACGAGAGACGGCCUUGGUCGCCGAAGGCGUCAUACUAUACUGUACAAGAUUCCGAGAGACGGUCUUUCUCCCUGAUAUUCUCCACGACGAACGGUUUAGCAAUGUUACGGACGCCUGGUCUCUGCAAAACCCGCUUGGCAAGUCAGUGAUUGCUUUACCCAUCGUUCAUGGGGAUAAGCCACUUUUAGGUGUCUUAUAUCUUGAAGGGGAACCUAAUGCUUUCACUGACCGUAAUCUCACGGUUCUCCAACUUCUCGUCAAUCAAAUAGGUAUCAGCUACUCAAAUGCUCUUACUCUCAAAGAAGUAGAAAAGGUCUCUUUCCGUAACACGUCAAUGGUCCGAAUGCAGAAGACAGCGCUCGCUAAGGCGCAGCAGGCAGAGCUUAAAGCCAAAAAAGCUGAAGCUGAAGCACUUGCUAGCGUGAAAAUGGCCGAGGAGGCUGCCAAAGCAAAAUCGAUUUUCUUGGCCAAUGUUUCUCAUGAACUCCGAACACCUCUUAAUGGCGUUAUAGGCAAUUCAGAACUACUCAGAGACUUGAAUUUGACCAAGGAACAGGCGGAGAUGGCGGACUCAAUCCGGGUCUCUGCAGACCUCUUACUUACGGUCAUUAACGAUAUUCUUGACUUCUCCAAAAUGGAGGCUGACAAAAUGGAAUUGUGUAUCGAAUCCUUUAAGCCAGCUGAAAUGAUACGCGAGAUUGUCCGAUCGGUAUCGUACAGUUAUCGUGACAAAAAGCGACUGAAGAAUAUCGAGAUUCUUCAAGACGUUAACUUACCCGAUCUUUUGAUAUACGGCGAUCCUGUCCGGCUGCACCAAGUUCUAGGCAACUUACUUGGUAAUAGCAUGAAAUUUACGGAAAAGGGAUCGAUCACUGUUGGGGCUCGUUGCGACGGGCAGACCGAAACCACCGCCACGUUGACAUUUUGGGUUAAAGAUACUGGUAUCGGUAUCCCACUGCAGCAAUUGACGAAGCUAUUCAAGCCUUUCAGCCAGGCCGAUGCUAGUACAGCUAGGAAGUAUGGCGGCAGCGGACUGGGGCUUUCCAUUUGCAAGAGUCUGAUUGAGUCCAUGAUGGGCGGUACUAUUCAGCUUGACAGUAUUGAAAACCAAGGAACCACAGCUUGGUUUACGGUCACCUUUGAUAAAGUACGCUCUGCAGAAGAUGGUGCUCGGCAUAACAAGCAGAAUGGCGUCGAGCAUCGCGGCAGUCCCGCGAGACAUAACGAGUUGGAACUUCCCCAAUCUACAACGGCUCACUCCGACUUUUCUCAAGUUCCGAGAGAAGAGCUGAGAAUUUGUGUUGCAGAGGACAAUCCAAUCAACCAAAAGAUCGCCAUUCAGUUUAUGGAGAAACUAGGCUACAAGCAUAUCGACGCAUAUGGGAACGGAUUGGAAGCUGUGGAGGGACUGCGAAGUAAAGCCAAAGAAGGUCAACCUUAUCAUAUUGUCCUCAUGGAUGUGCAAAUGCCUGUUCUCGAUGGCUAUGAAGCUACCAAGUUACUUCGCAAGGACCCACUUGAAGAAGUGCGCGGUGUUCUUGUCAUUGCCAUGACUGCGUCUGCGAUCCAAGGAGAUCGAGAAAAGUGCUUGGAAGCGGGUAUGAAUGAUUACCUUGCUAAACCUGUAAGAGUUGGUAUACUGAAAAGCAAGUUGAAUCAGUAUCUAAACCAGCCAAACAUAGAGGUUCCUAACCUUCAGGAGACCGCUCGUCAAGUCACGAGCCAUGUUCUCGAUGAAGUCGAAAAUGUUCCGAAAUCUUCGAUACCAGCAGACUCUGGCGCGACAACUCCACUGGCGGUCGAACUUUCGGAUGGUCAUUCAAACACAAACCAAAGCAAUUCUUUGACUGCAGCGUCUCAAUCGCAUGCAGGAGACUCCCAUGCAAUGAAUGUAGACGCGAAACAUCGGCCAUCAGUCGUCAAGCAUAGUAAGGAAGCUGUAGAUGGAGAGUUAGAAGCCCUGAGAGAGCCGGACAUGUCCGUACCGAGAACGGAGAAAUCUCACAACGACGAGGUGUCGAAGUCAAGGAGCUUGCCAUUAAGGUCGGAGCGAACGAACGAAGCCAGGAAGGCUAGUCGGCCGAGCUCAAGUAAACGGACGACGAGUAAAGAAUCUACCAAAAGCAAAUCAUAG